UGGGGCACAGAUCACGCACACUACAGUUCACACGGUUAUUAUUCUGAUCGGCCCAACCGAUCCAUGAUUGUCAUGGAGACAUGGACCCGGCAGUGUACAGACGAGCAGUUCUCAUAAUUCCAUUCCUUCUCCGGAUCGAUAUUAAUAAGAAGAAAAAAAAAGAUUCUGACAGCCAAAAGGGCGAUGCUGUUCAGGAUCUAUGCCAUGUUCUUAGCAGUUUGUCCAAAAGCUUCACGUGGCUCUCUUCUUAAUUCUUAUUCAGCUCGCCACACUGUUGACUGAAAAAUUGGAGCAGGCACUGCAGGGUGGUUGUCUGAAUUUGAUCUUUGUAUCUGUUUAGUGAUCGGUUAGGAGGGAGGAGGAAUGGGGAAGGCGGGGAGAUGGCUGAGGAGCUUCUUGGCCGGCGGCAAGAAGGGUGGCAAGAAGGGCGAGGCAAUGGCGGCGGCUUUGCCCGGAGAGGCGGCGAAGGAGAAGCGGUGGAGCUUCAGGCGACCGGUGCACGGCGAGAAGGCGGCGGCGGAGGCGGCGGCGGCGGCGGACGGCGUGGUGGUGGGCGAGGCCGAGGCGGGGUUUGAUCUGUCCGCGUCGGAGUCGGAGUUCGACCAGAAGAGACACGCCAUGGCGGUCGCGGUGGCGACCGCGGCCGCCGCCGACGCCGCCGUGGCCGCGGCGCACGCCGCGGCCGCCGCCGUCCGCCUCUCCUCCCGCAAGGCGCACCAGCUGCCGGCGAGCGCCGUCGAGGAGGCGGCGGCUGUCAGGAUUCAGGCCACCUUCAGAGGCUACCUGGCAAGAACAGCGCUGUGCGCGCUGAGGGGCAUCGUGAAGUUGCAAGCUCUGGUGCGAGGCCAGCUCGUGAGGAAGCAGGCGACCGCCACGCUCCGCUGCAUGCAGGCUCUCCUCGCGGCGCAGUCGCAGCUGCGCGCGCAGGCGCAGCGGGUGCGCGCGCUGCACGAACACCACCGGACGCCGCCCAGGCCACGGCCGCCGUCGCCGCCGCAGCACCCGAGGCACCGCCGAUCCUACGAGAUGGACAGGUCGUGCGAGGAGAACGCCAAGAUCGUGGAGGUGGACAGCGGCGCCGGCGAGCCGGCGCGGCGCGGCGGCGAGUACGGCCACCACGGGCGGUGGUCGCCGGCGCCGUCGGCGAUGACGGAGGUGAUGAGCCCGAGGGCGUACAGCGGCCACUUCGAGGACAUGGCGUUCGCCGCGACGGCGCACAGCAGCCCGCAUCACGCGUCGGCGUCGUCGGAGCUGCUGUGCUGCCCGAGCUACAUGGCCAACACGGAGUCGUCCCGCGCCAAGGCGCGGUCCCAGAGCGCGCCGAGGCAGCGCACCGACGCGCUGGAGCGGCAGCCGAGCCGCCGGAAGAGCGGCGGCGGCGGCGGCGGCGCCAAGAUGCAGCGGUCGUCGUCGUCGCACGCCGCGGCGGCCCAGCGCGGCGCGCAGUUCCCAUGGCCGGUGAUCAAGCUGGACACGUCGAGCGCGUCGCUCAAGGACAGCGAGUGCGGGUCGACGAGCUCCGUUCUCACCGCCGCCACCGUCUACAGCCGGACGCGGUCGCUAGUCGGAUUCGAGGUGCGCAGGGGUUUGUACUGAGCUACAAGAAUAAAAAAUGCCAUUGCCGGACGAACCGGGAGCUUCGCCAAUCGCCAUGGAUUGAAUGUUCGUCAGUUUGCUCGACGUGUGAUGGAUUCAGGAUCAUGAACUGUACAUUCUGUGUAGGUUAUUCUGUGUUGUGGUGACUGUAACAUACCAGGAAUACAUACUGCUAAGUGAAAGCGAAAUGUAAUAAGCAAUCCACUGCAAUUUCUUCCAAAUUCCAGUGUUUGUUCCAA